AUCCUAUUUUCUGGGAAAAGAUUACUACCACAGUAAUUGAGCUGGGAAGCGGAGACAAAUUGCUCUCGGUGGUGGUUCAAAGUACUGCAAUUGACUGGAAUAGCACCGCGCAGUUUUCCUUCCUCUCGUGCAAGAUAAGAGUGAUAGGAGCUGUAUCGAUUACCUGCAAGACAGAAGUAGAAGGGGGCCGGGUGCGGUGGCUCACGCCUGUAAUCCCAGCACUUUGGGAGGCGGAGGCGGGUGGAUUAUUUGACGCCAGGAGUUCCAGAUCAGCCCGACCAACAUGGUGAAACCACACCUCUACUAAAAAUACAAAAAAUUAGCCGGGUCUGGUGGCAGGCGCCUGUAAUUCCAGCUACUCGGGGGGUUGGGCAGGAGAAUCGCUUUAACUCGGGAGGCAGAGGUUGCAGUGAGCGGAGAUCGUGCCACUGCACUCCAGCCUGGGCGACAAAAGCGAGACUCCCUCUCAAAAAAAAAAAAAAAAAAAAAAGAAGUAAAAGGGAAGAAACCCACAAGGAACUAGACUAAAAGAAUCUCGACUCCGGAAUGCAGUUACACGAAUGGCCAGAUGAAAGAGGGAAGGCCGGGACCUCCACUCCUGGCCGACUAGGAGACCGCCCGAGGGUGCACGCUGAUGGAUUUAUUCACCCGGGGCUCGCUGCUCCAGCAGCUGGCUGGAGCCCGCGAUGACGUCACGGGCCGGGUCACAUGGCCGAGUCCGCCCCGCCCUCUCCCCGCCUCCGCCGCCUUCGGAGCUCGGGGUCCGGACGCUGCAGACGCUAGGAGAUCUCGGGGGAUCGAGGAGACGGACCGGCGGGCGCACGGGCGAGCGGGCCGGGAGCCAGAGCGGCGGAGGAGCCGGCAGCACCGGCGCUGCGGGCCCCAGGCGAGGCGGUCGACGCUCCCUGAAAACUUGGGCGCGCGCUCGCGCCACUGCGCCCGGAGCGAUGAAGAUGGUCGCGCCUUGGACGCGGUUCUACUCCAACAGCUGCUGCUUGUGCUGCCAUGUCCGCACCGGCACCAUCCUGCUCGGCGUCUGGUAUCUGAUCAUCAAUGCUGUGGUACUGUUGAUUUUAUUGAGUGCCCUGGCUGAUCCGGAUCAGUAUCACUUUUCAAGUUCUGAACUGGGAGGUGACUUUGAGUUCAUGGAUGAUGCCAACAUGUACAUUGCCAUUGCGAUUUCUCUCCUCAUGAUUCUGAUAUGUGCUAUGGCUACUUACGGAGCGUACAAGCAACGUGCAGCCUGGAUCAUCCCAUUCUUCUGUUACCAGAUCUUUGAUUUUGCCCUGAACACCUUGGUUGCAAUCACUGUGCUUGUUUAUCCAAACUCCAUUCAGGAAUACAUACGGCAGCUGCCUCCUAAUUUUCCCUACAGAGAUGAUGUCAUGUCAGUGAAUCCUACCUGUUUGGUCCUUAUUAUUCUUCUAUUUAUUAGCAUUAUCUUGACUUUUAAGGGUUACUUGAUUAGCUGUGUUUGGAACUGCUACUGGUACAUCAAUGGCAGGAACUCCUCUGAUGUCCUCGUUUAUGUUACCAGCAAUGACACUACGGUAGGUAUGAUGUCACUUAUGGAUAUUAAAAUCUAG